AUGAAUGAUUUGGAUUUUCUAUAUGAAAUGAACAAUAGUUAUUAUGAAUUACAAAGAUUCUUUGUCAAAUUUCAAUCGAAAUAUUUGAAAUUAAAAUAUUUUGUAUUUUUAUUGAUUUUUCUUGGUGUGAUUUUCAUUAGUCUAUUCACAGUAUUGAAUUAUUCUCAUUUGACACCCAAAGUACCUCCUAAACCUCCUUGUCGUCCAUUUACGGCGCCUGAUAAUCGUUCAUUUUUCGAACGUGAAUAUUCUCAAUCGAAUUUACCGAAACAAAUCAGCAAUUCAUCUUCUCAAGAUCUUCUUCGACAACUUCGUUCUCUUCGUUUAGUUGUUUUAUCUUGUGCUCGUAAUAUUGAAAAACAAAUUGAUCGAUAUCGAAAUCAUAUUGAACCAAUUGUUAAUCUUUUUCAUCCCUCAUCUUCAAUUCAUAUUUGUGAAAGUGAUUCAAAAGACAAAACAGUCAAAAAACUUCGUCAAUGGUCUCGUGUACAACUUUAUUCAUAUCGACAACUUUCCAAAACAUGGUUUGGAAUGAGUCUUGAGGGUGGAUGUUGA